AUGUGCGGCGAUGAAGCCAGUAAGGUUCGUUCUCUUUUGCAGAUUGGAUAUCCAAUGGAGAAUGGUAUUAUCCAGAAUUGGGAAGAUAUGGAACAUUUGUGGGACUAUGCUUUCUACGAAAAGAUGAAAACUCCGACCGAAGGGCGUAAGAUAUUGUUGACAGAGCCACCCAUGAAUCCGUUGAAAAACCGAGAAACUAUGUGCGAUGUCAUGUUCGAGAAAUAUCAGUUUGGAGGUGUUUAUGUUGCCAUUCAGGCUGUUUUGGCUUUGUAUGCACAAGGUUUGAGUUCAGGUGUUGUGGUGGAUUCGGGUGAUGGUGUCACUCACGUUGUGCCAGUCUACGAAUCCGUGGUGUUGAAUCACUUGACCAAGAGACUAGAUGUUGCCGGGCGUGAUGUCACAAGAAACUUGAUCAAUUUGUUGUUGCGUCGUGGUUAUGCUUUCAACAGAACUGCAGACUUUGAGACAGUGCGCCAGAUAAAAGAGAAAUUAUGUUAUGUGUCGUGUGAUUUAGCUCUCGACCUGAAAUUAGCCAACGAGACUACAACAUUGGUGGAGUCAUAUGAAUUACCUGACGGACGAGUAAUUAAGGUCGGCUCUGAGAGAUUUGAGGCCCCUGAAUGUUUGUUCCAACCUAACCUAGUCGAUGUCGAACAAGUCGGCAUUGGUGAAACUUUGUUUAACACAAUCCAGUCAGCGGAUGUUGAUGUUAGAUCUUCUCUUUUCAAGGCCAUUGUGUUGUCCGGAGGUUCCUCAAUGUACCCUGGUUUGCCAUCCAGAUUGGAAAAGGAAUUGAAGCAAUUGUGGUUGACUAGAGUUUUGCACGGUGAUGCUACCAGAUUGGACAAGUUCAAGGUCAGAAUUGAGGAUCCACCAAGAAGAAGACAUAUGGUCUUCAUUGGUGGUGCUGUUUUGGCCAACAUUAUGGCUGACAAGGAUCACAUGUGGAUAUCAAAGCAAGAAUGGGAGGAACAGGGUCCUCGUGUCUUAGAAAAGUUGGGUCCACGCUAG